AUGAUGCUUCUCAAAACUAUUAAAGGAAAUUCUGUGUUGAAUGUCUACAAAAAAAAGAGCUUGAUUACCUCAAGACAGUACUUAUUGAUAAGUUUCAUGAAUAAGUUGUUAAGAAAUUUCAAAAAUACAAGCUUAAUGAAAUUUCUGAAUUAAACCAAUAAAAUCUCUCCUAUCUCAUACAAUAAUUGUUAUUCAGAAAUUUUUGGGAAUAAUUGUCCUAAUCAAUUACUUCAAUAUUUGACAUUAUUGAAAAUUAAAAUUAAGAAUAUUUGA